GAGAAGAAGAGAGGAGGGGGGGGGGUUCAUCGUCGUUUAAGAAGAGGCGGUUGGUGGUGGAUAAAUCGCUCCUCCUCCCCGAGCCACGACAAGGAGAAACCUCGCGACUCGCCCCGACUCGCCGGUAGCCGACUCCCGCAGCGAGGCCGGGAGGCAUUCCGCGAUUCCCGAGCCGGUUCCGAUGGCGUCGCCGUCGCUGAAUCUCUUCCUGGCGUCGCGUCCGACGAUUCCUUCUCUAGCCCCGCCGCCGCCGCCGCUGGAGAGAGCUCAGCCUUCCGGCUCGGCUUGUUGUCGGCGGAGCUGUGUCGUCCGGGGCUCUUUCCCCGUGGCCGCCCUGAGGUUUCCCCGUGGAGCGGCGGCGGCGGCCUCGGUCGGCGGCGGUAACCGGCGGUCGCGGAGUCAGAUUGUGAGGAUGGCCCCGGAGGAAGAGAAGAUGACUCGCCGCUCUCCUCUCGAUUUUCCGAUCGAAUGGGAGAGACCAAAGCCAGGACGGAGACCAGAUAUAUUCCCGCAGUUCAGCCCAAUGAAAACACCAUUACCACCUCCGUUGCCAGCAGAUCCCCCUGAAGAAGAUGAGGAGGAGGAAGAGAAGAAAGAGGAAGAAGAAGAAGACCCAGAACAGGAGGAAACAGAGAAACCAGAAAGUUAAUGAGGCGGGUAAGGAGGAGGCUCAUGCGCAUCUUUUGCAACGACUUUGGUGGUUUCGAGUUUUCCAGUAGCCGUUGCAGAUCCUGCUGAUUUUGUAGUGGAUGUUGGAAUAGUUGGUAGAGUGAGCGAAAGCUCGAGUUUUAUUUAUUGCCAGAAGCAUAAAUCUUUUGGUCGAGUAUGCAAAAUCAUUGCUCUUGUGUUGUGACUCAGAUAUGCAAUCUUAUGUGAGUAAACUUCACAUGGUUUUAAUUUAUUCUUACGUUUGUAGUUUUGUACAAACAGAAAUAAUCCGGCUGAGGAUUUAGGGUGCGAGUGCACCAUUGUCUUUUUUGUCUUUGUUAACGUGAGAAGAUUUUCGAGAGAGAGGGAGAGGGAUGCCCCAGGAGUUGGUUUUCACAUGGUGUAUUGUUCCCAAUGAAGAAAGUUUCUUAUU